AUGCCUCUCACCCACUCCGCCCGCAACUGGGCCACCUUUCGUCGCCAGCCCCUUGCCGAAAUCUCCGGAGCCCUUGGUGAUUUGGGUACAUUCCUGCCCAUCCUCAUCGCUCUCGCCGUCAACGGCUCCAUCUCGCUUCCCGCAACCCUCGUCUUCUCCGGCCUGUAUAAUAUCCUCACCGGCGUGUUUUUCGGGAUCCCGCUGCCCGUGCAACCCAUGAAGGCAAUUGCCGCCGUUGCGAUCUCUAGGUCGUUUUGUGCGGGCGAGAUUGCGGCCGCAGGGUCCUUUGUUGGCGCCGUGAUCCUGUUGUUUAGCACAACGGGCGCUUUGAGGUGGUUUGCCGGUGUCGUGCCGAUUCCGGUGGUCAAGGGGAUUCAGGUUGGCGCCGGGCUGUCGUUGGUGGUCGCGGCGGGAGCGAAGAUCAAGGGUGAACUGAGCUGGCUUGGGCCACGGUGGGUGGAUAACUACCUGUGGACGAUUGCGGCGUUUGCGGGCUUGGUGGUGACGAACAUAUACCGUCGGGCGCCGUAUGGCCUGAUUUUGUUCCUGCUAGGCCUAGUGUUUGCGUUUGCUGUGCUCGCAACGUCGGACGGGCGUUUCCCGAGUUGGGGUCUGGAGUUGCCUGGCGUGGUUCGCCCUUCUCUGGAUGAGUGGACCAGAGGGAUCAUGGAGGCGGGAAUCGGCCAGAUUCCGCUAACUACGUUGAAUUCUAUCAUUGCUGUGGUGCAUCUCGCCGGAGAUCUACUGCCUGAUGUUCGUACCCCGUCCAUCACGUCCAUUGGCCUCAGCGUGUCCGGGAUGAAUCUGCUCGGCGUAUGGUUUGGCUGUAUGCCCGUCUGUCACGGAUCUGGUGGCCUUGCCGCGCAAUAUCGCUUCGGUGCUCGGUCCGGGGCAAGCGUGAUCGUCCUUGGUGUUGUCAAGUUGAUUGUCGGCGUAUUCCUAGGGAAUACGCUCAUCGACCUGCUCAAGGCAUUUCCUACCGCUUUCCUGAGUGUGAUGGUAAUCGCCGCUGGGCUAGAACUGGCCAGCGUUGGAGAAAGCCUGAAUACGGCUGGUGCGUGGGACUUGGGAAAACACGAUCGUUCAGGUGUCCUGCCGACCAUGAGGCCAGCGGAGCUCCAGCUCAGUGAAGCGGAGAGGAAGCAGAGAUGGACCGUCAUGAUCGUGACAGUAGGUUUGCUGCUUGCUUUUAAGAAUGAUGGGAUUGGAUUUGUCGCUGGCUUUCUAGGCACGGCUAACACCCGACGGCUAGGCGCCCCAAGGCCCAAGCCCAAGCCGCAGCUGCCCCGCAUGACCCCCAAGCACCGGGGCGUGCCAACCCUGAAGGCUCGUGAUUCAGCGGGGCUUCAAUAUCUCUCGAGUCAUAUUGUCCAACGCUCACCAUCCAACAUGUCCUCUCACGCCGGCCUCGCCUCUGAUCAGGUUGCCUUCUUCAAAGACAACGGCUACCUCGUAAUCCCUGACUACCUCCCGCAGGACACCAUCUCCGCUCUCCGUGCCACCACCACCGAUCUCCUCAACUCCUUCCCGCUCUCAUCCCACCCGCUCACGCGCUUCACCACCGGCGACGACGAGGAGGAAAACGCAAACAACGCCAAACACGUUGGGGAUGAAUACUUCCUCACCUCCGGCGACAAGGUUCGCUUCUUCUUCGAGCCAGACGCUUUCUCCCCCACCACCAACGAACUCACCCGCCCCAAGCACCUCGCCGUAAAUAAGAUCGGGCACUCCCUACACUCCCUCUCCCCGCCCUUCUCCAAUAUAACACACAAUGGCACCAUCGGCGCUAGAAACGCAGCUAUCGCCCGAUCCCUCGGGUUUCGAGACCCUCGCGUCCUCCAGAGCAUGGUGAUCUGCAAACAGCCCGGCAUCGGCGCCGCGGUGCCCCCUCACAAGGACUCGGAGUUUUUAUUCACAGAUCCACCCAGCGCGGUGGGGUGGUGGUUUGCCCUGCAGGAUGCCGGUCGUGGGAACGGCGGUCUUGGGUUCUGGAAAGGAAGCCAUAAACGAGGGCGCGUGCGGCGGCGCUUUGUCCGCUCGGCGGGUGCCGAUAUCAGUGCCGGAACCGAGUUUAUCGAUUGGUCGGGGCCCGGGUUGCCCAAGGAGUUGGAAGGAGAGGGUGAUGAUUAUGUCCCCGUCGACGAGGACUUUGAGAUGCUGGAUAUCCCUGCGGGUUCACUGGUGUUGAUUCAUGGGAACGCCUUGCAUAAAAGCGAGAAGAAUACGAGUGAGCAGAGCCGGUUUGCGUAUACAUUCCAUGUUAUUGAAGGCGCUGAGGGUUGGAAUUAUGACGAGCGGAAUUGGCUGCAACCCCCUGAGAACGGCGAAGGGUUCACUCGGCUAUAUGCCGGGAAGGAAUGA